AACAAAAUGGCAGUACAACAGGACAAGUCUUCGAGCACUGUGAGCAGGACGCGACGCGCGCUCUCACAGUCUGACCCCGCCUUGCUGAUGCACGUGAAGAACCAACAGGCACAGUUUGGCAAGAGCAACGUCCCGAAUAUGCUCAGCGCGUUACAAUUCGACAACUUCGUGAGGAAGUCUAUAAACAUCUCCAAGAUCAACUACCUGUCCAUGGCGCCUGUAGAUGACACUACCUCUCUCGUUGUCACACCUGGAUCACAACAUACUCAGGAGCCGAGCCGCACAUCAUCAGUAGUACGAGGAAAAACCGUAGAAGACUCGGCAGACGAACAAUUCCCAAUCAACGUGACGUCGUUGAUGAACGAGGAUAACUAUUGGGGGUGUUUUUACCCCUUCCCAGAGUUAUAUAACGAUGUAUACUCUCCUGUGGUACGCGUGAGAGAUAUCAAGGACGUGGCGGAGAUAGUGGGGGGCGUCCUGACUCGAGACAUGGUCAACGCCUGUCUCACAUACCUCAAGAGAACCCCCAUUCUCGGGGACUUCGUGUUCAUCAAACUGGACCUGUCAAACAAGCACCUCGUCAACAUAGAAGUGCUUCAGCAUUAUAAAUACUUGGUGUAUUUGGAUCUCUCCGCUAACUACCUGACGGAUCUGACGGUGCUCUCACAUCUUCUUUAUCUGCAAAAUCUUUCUGUUUCUUUCAACAGACUUAAUACUGUUUUGGAAUACGACGUUCCGCAAUGGUUCCUAACGGAAGUGCACUACAAAUACAACUCAGUUAAAAGAAUAAGAGACUUGACGAUGUUUUGGUCCAUCACGAUACUCGAUUUGUCCCACAACAAUAUAAAAGGAAUCACCGGGUUGGAAAACUUGCACUAUCUCCGACGGCUCGACCUCUCCUUUAAUCACAUCCAGCGACUUGAAAACCUGAAUAACUUGCGCUUGGUGUGGCUUGACGUUUCGUACAACAACAUUUCAAGCUUUGAAUUCGGCUCUCAAGCCGGCCUUUGGACGCUGUAUCAUCUUGAGUAUCUGAACCUGAACGAGAAUAAUCUCACUUCCAUGAAGAUAUUUUCAGGUUGUACAAGGGUUAAAGAACUGCACGCGCGGAACAACGGUCUGAGCAUGCUCCUGGAGCUGGCGGUGUACAUGCGCCAGAUGCGCCGGCUGGCGAUCUUGGACCUGAGGGCCAACCCCAUCUGCUGCACGCCAGGGUACAGGGACGUCGUCAUCAAUACCUUCCCCCUGCUGCUUAGCCUCGAUGCUGAGGAACUCGACCCUGUCAUCCAGAGACGCUUCAAAAUGGACACAACUCCAGACGUAAAGGCGUUCGCUUGUCGACGCCUCCUGCGGCUGUUGUACAUAGAGCAGCUGUCUAGGGCUCGCGUGUCACCAUACGUGCCCCCAGCCGACACCAGAGAGGUGCCCCUGGUUAUCAUUGUGGGGUACGAAGCCGUUGGAAAAGGUACUCUAGUCCGCCGGCUAGCUAACGACUGUAGCGCGAACAUAGAAGAAGCCGUGCAGCACACGACAGCAAUGUUCCACUUCCCUGGACACUACAGGGAGGUGACCAGGAAAUUGUUCGACAAGAUGCUGCUCUCGGGAGAAUUGCUCACCUACUCGGAGCUAGAUGGAGAAUCGUAUGGUCUUAGCCGUGAAGAAGCGUACGUUAAAGACGGGAAAGUGAAGGUGGCAGCGAUGGAUCUGACGUCAGCUCUGAUGAUGCAGUUGCGCGGGCGCCGGCCGUACCUCAUCCUCGCCACGUGCUCCGAUAAGAAUGCUUUGAUUAAACGACAGCGGGACCGUAAAGAAUACCGCAACAGAAUGCUGGAGGCUCGAACAUCUGUUGAAGUGCCUUUAGAAAAGUCCACGCUACAAGUGUUGGUCUCCGGGCGGAUACUUGUUACCGGGAUACUUAACGAAAUACUUCUGUGUCUUCCCGAAGAGAAAGAGGAGAGUGAGUUCGUGAUAGAGUCGCAGUGUUCCCUGCUGAUGGAUAGCGACGCUCGCGAGGCUGUGCAGGAGUAUUCCAAGGGAAUCACUAUGCUCACGCUCAUGUCUUCGGGCACCAGCUCACUCGAAGAGGUCUGCAAACGGGCAUAUAAACAAACCAUUCAGAACGAAGCAAGUCUUUGUUCGCUGUACAAGGAGUCUCAGAACACUGAUGAGUACGCGAGCGAUAUUAAUGGCCAGAACUCCUAUCAAGAUUCCAAAAAAUCGGGUGAUACUCGACAGUCGAAGAAUACCGACAAAAUAUCAGACUCUUCUCACCCAAAAGGCGUUGACGCCGCUAAAUAUGUAUCUGCAGGAUACUUACGAAUUUCUGGUGCGAACAGCGCCAAGUCAUCAAAAUCUGUAACAUUCACAUCGCAAGACGCGGAAGCAACUGCUGGCCUGAUAAUCAAAGAGGGAGAAAUCCCUAGAAACCUGACAGGAUUACUGAUCGAACCUGCGAAUAUUGAGAAGACCCAGGAGGGCGCACAUUUUGACCAAGAACGAAUAAAGCACAUGACUCAGCGCUCACUAAGCAAGAAGUUCCCGUGGCCGAUAGCCGGACACGGUCCGCCGCCGGGCCGCACCGGCUCCGGGUGCUCCAUGGACCCCGACGGCGACCUCUGGCUCAGCUUCCUCAUAGACACUGGCUUGCUGCAAGCCAGCGACCCUAACAUUGAAAUGUCUGAAACAUUCCAACAACGGCGUGACACGAAGGUGGAUGAUCCAGAGUAUAUACUAAAGCAAUUGGCGUAUUAUAGAAUGAUUCCAAGUCAGUCUUUCUCUACGAAUAUCAGAGACGACUAUGAGCACAUACACCGCAAAUGUCCCGGUCUUUUCUGGGAUACUAUUACUAUGGAUGACCCAGAACAAGCAUUCAAAAAAGCCAAGAGAAUAAUCAAAGAUAUUGUUAAUUCACAACCGGACUUCAAACCAAUGUUCGACAUUAAUUUUACAAUGUUGACCAAAGACUACCCAACAAUCAAGAAGAAGAUUGCCACUAUCGCCAAUAACAUCGCGCCGCGAAGGUUUUUCUUCUAAAAUUACAAUACAUAGAAUGUUGGUAAAAGAAAGAA